UUGAACUUGAAGUUGAACAGUGCUUGAACUCCUUGUGCGCCACGCGGGCUAAUAACUACGUAGGUACUUGUCAGCGGUUGCUGCCAGGAACGGCCCUGGGUCUCAACUUGGAAGACUUUUGAGCAAAGUUCAGAUCAUUUGACAGCAAGGAGAGGACGUUUACAACUUGCCAGGAAGAGACUCUGUCGGUUCCGCCCGACGCCUAACGGAAGUUCUGAAGAUGAAGAUUACGGUGAAGACCCUGAAGGGUCAGAAUUUCAGCCUGGAGGUGGAUGCAACCGACAAGAUUGCGGAGGUGAAGCGCAAGGUGGCGGCAGCGCAGGGCGCAGAGGCGUACCCGGUUGGCGCUCAGGUGCUCAUCUACCAGGGCAAGGUGCUUAAGGACGACACCAGCGUGGCCGACAACAGCAUCGCCGAGAGCGGCUUCGUGGUGGUCAUGCUCACCAAGGCCAAGCCCGCUGCGGCCCCUCCCUCGGCUGCUCCUCCUGUGCCCGCUGCCAGCCCCGCUGCGGCGCCCCCUACCGCUGCGCCUGCUGCUGUUGCCCCCCCUGCUGCUGCUCCCCCUGCUGCGGCGCCCCCUGCUGCGGCUGCCGCCGCCCCAGCCCCUGCUGCUGCUGCUGCUACUGCGCCUGCGGUGGGCGGCGUGGCGGGGGAGGCGGGGUACGACAGUGCGGCGUCCACGCUGGUGGCGGGGAGCGCGCUGGAGAGCACCAUUGCGCAGAUCCUGGAGAUGGGCGGCGGCGCCUUCCAGCGCGACCAGGUGGUCAAGGCCCUGAGCGCCGCGUACAACAACCCCGAGCGCGCCGUCGAGUACCUCUACACCGGCAUCCCGGAGACCGCGGAGGCCGCUCCUGUGGUUGCUCGCGGCGCCACUCCUGCGCCCCCCCCUCCAGGCUCUGACGCUGCGCCUGCCCCCGGGGCUGCGGCUUCUCCUGCCUCUGCGGCUCCUGCGGCGGGCCCGCCCGGUGGUGGCCCCAAUGCAGCGCCACUGGACCUGUUCCCGCAGGGCAUGCCCGGCUGGGGGGGCGCCGCAGCGGGCGCGGGGCCGGCCGGGGCGCUCGACUUCUUGCGCGAGAACCCGCAGUUCCAAGCGCUGCGCCAGAUGGUGCAGGCCAACCCGACCAUCCUGCAGCCGAUGCUGCAGGAGCUGGGCAAGCAGAACCCGCAGCUGCUGGCGCUCAUCAACGCGCACCAGGCCGAGUUCCUGCGCCUCAUCAAUGAGCCCGCCGCAGAGGGCGAAGCGGACAUUUUGGGGCAGCUGGGCGAGAUGGGGGGGGGCGCGCCGCAGGCCAUCAACGUUACGCCCGAGGAGAAGGAGGCCAUCGACAGACUAGAAUCCAUGGGGUUCGAUCGAGCCAGGGUGAUCGAAGCCUUUCUCGCUUGUGACAAGAACGAGAACCUGGCGGCCAACUAUCUCCUAGAGCAUGCACAGGACAUGGAGGACUAGUCGUCAGGUGCAAAGCUCGUCGUUUCUGCCAAAUUCAGGACAGUCGAAUCCGAUCAUGUUCGAAGACUCAUGAGUCACAUGCUCCCCGUCAGUCCUUCCAUCUAUUAGUCUCUCACCCAAUGCGCUGUGAUUGACAGGUCUCUGACAUUUUGACACCUGUAGCCGGUCCUUGAUGAGUUCGUCCCUUCUUGAGUGACACCGACAGGUACAUCGAAGGGAUGCUAAUGAUCAAACUUGCAGUGAACCAUAGCAGUCACGGGGA